GUCAGAAUAACACCAAUCACACGAUUAAAUAAGAACAUUUAACCAUCAGGCUCCAAACCAAAACUUAGAAACUUGUUUUUUUUUUUUGUUUCCUUCUUUGAUCUUUCUUUCAGAAGAAAAGAUUGAUUUAAAUUUGAGAAACCAAGCGACUGUUUGUUUACUUUCUUUAUUAUUACAGAUUUACAGGUACAGACAAAGUUGUAUGUAAGUGUGAUUAGAACAGUGGAUGCUCUUAUCACGGGUCCACUUGCUCUCUAAAAAGAAUAUUGAAGCUCAUAAUUACAUCUUUAGAGACUAAAACAAUCUUAAUCAUUCACCUUCACCAAGUACUUGUGUCCAGAAGAAAAAGAAGGAAAAAAAGAACACACCAUUCAAGAAAGAGAGAAGCUUCUUGUGAUAAGAAAUUUCACAGGUUUUGUUUUUGUUUUGUUUAUAUAUAUUCUCAGAUUUGAUUUUGCUUACCAUUAUAUGUAUGAAGAAAUAGAGAGACCAAUUACUUUUUACAUUAGACAGAGUAAAAUCCAGUCUGUGCAUCUUCUCAAUGUUUUUUUUUUGUUUGUUGGUGCUUUCUCUAAGUGUUCUUGGGUAUAGGUCCCAAAGUGAAGCUUUUUCUGUUUCUUUGUGCAAACAAAUCUUGAUAAAGUUAGUAACUUUUGGUGAAAAUCUUACCCUUUCAUGGACAAUCAGAUUUGAUUUCGUUUCCAUGUCCAUAGAUUGGGUUUUAACAUUCCAAGGAGAGGACUUUGUCUUGUCUCUAUUCAUCUUCAAGACCCUUAUGAGUUUCGGUUCUUGAGUAAACAACAGCUAAGCACAGUCUCUGAGAACUUGAGGAUUUGGUAGUAUCUGUUGGAGGUAUAAAAACGAAUCUUUAGACAUGGAAGAUGAUGGUGGUAGUGAUGGAGGCGAAGGAAAUGGUGGGUUUUCACCUAAUUCUAGCUUUGGGGCAUUCGCUGACACUGCCAUGGAUUUGGAUUUCAUGGAUGAACUCUUGUUUGAUGGAUGUUGGCUAGAGACAACAGAUAGUAAGAGCUUGAAGCAGACAGAACAAUCUCCUUCAGCUUCUACCGCCAUGAAUGACAAUAGCCCUUUCCUCUGCUUUGGUGAGAAUCCAUCUCAAGAUAAUUUCUCUAAUGAAGAAACAGAGAGAAUGUUUCCUCAGGCUGAAAAGUUUCUCCUAGAAGAAGCUGAGGUGGGAAAAAGUUGGUGGAUUGCUCCAAGUGCAAGUGAAGGCCCGUCUUCAUCUGUGAAGGAGAGGCUACUACAAGCUAUUAGUGGUCUUAACGAGGCGGUGCAAGAUAAGGACUUCUUGGUUCAGAUAUGGGUGCCAAUUCAGCAGGAAGGGAAGAGCUUUCUUACUACUUGGGCUCAGCCACAUUUAUUCAACCAAGAAUACUCCAGCCUUGCAGAAUACAGACAUGUUUCAGAGACUUAUAAUUUCCCGGCUGAUGAGGGUAUGAAAGAUUUUGUGGGUCUUCCCGGUCGUGUUUUCUUGCAGAAGUUUCCUGAGUGGACUCCUGAUGUGCGUUUCUUUAGAAGAGAUGAAUAUCCACGCAUCAAAGAAGCACAAAAGUGUGAUGUUCGUGGUUCACUUGCCCUUCCUGUUUUCGAAAGAGGUAGUGGGACUUGUUUGGGUGUUGUUGAGAUCGUCACAACAACUCAGAAGAUGAAUUACCGGCAAGAACUUGAGAAGAUGUGUAAAGCUCUUGAGGCCGUCGAUCUAAGGAGUUCAAGUAACUUGAACACUCCAAGCUCUGAGUUUCUGCAGGUCUAUAGUGAUUUCUACUGUGCUGCAUUACCUGAAAUAAAAGAUUUCCUGGCCACAAUCUGCAGAUCAUAUGAUUUUCCUCUAGCUUUGUCAUGGGCGCCGUGUGCUCGGCAAGGGAAAGUUGGUUCCCGACAUUCUGAUGAGAACUUCUCUGAGUGUGUUUCAACAAUCGAUUCUGCUUGUUCUGUCCCCGACGAACAGAGCAAAAGUUUUUGGGAGGCAUGCUCUGAACACCAUCUGCUCCAGGGGGAAGGCAUUGUUGGGAAAGCAUUUGAAGCCACCAAACUCUUUUUUGUGCCCGAAGUGGCCACAUUUAGCAAGACUAACUACCCCCUUGCACACCACGCCAAGAUAUCUGGACUACAUGCUGCUUUAGCAGUUCCAUUAAAGAGCAAAUCUGGUUUGGUUGAGUUUGUGUUGGAAUUUUUCUUUCCGAAAGCAUGCCUUGACACUGAAGCGCAACAGGAAAUGCUCAAGUCACUAUGUGUGACACUGCAGCAAGAUUUCAGGAGUUCAAAUCUUUUCAUCAAAGACCUAGAGUUAGAAGUCGUAUUACCUGUAAGAGAGACAAUGCUCUUCUCAGAAAACCUGCUAUGUGGAGCAGAAACCGUAGAGUCGUUGACAGAAAUUCAAAUGCAAGAAUCCUCAUGGAUCGCCCACAUGAUAAAGGCAAACGAGAAGGGUAAAGAUGUAUCACUUUCUUGGGAGUACCAGAAAGAAGAUCCUAAAGAGCUCUCAUCUGGCCGGGAGAACAGUCAGCUUGAUCCAGUCCCCAAUAAUGUUCCUUUAGAAGCUGAGCAAUUACAGCAAGCAUCAACUCCAGGACUCAGAGUCGACAUCGGUCCAAGCACAGAAUCAGCUUCGACUGGUGGGGGAAAUAUGUUAAGCAGUAGGAGACCAGGGGAGAAAAAAAGAGCAAAAACAGAAAAGACCAUUGGCUUGGAGGUUCUUCGACAAUACUUUGCUGGAAGCCUCAAGGAUGCAGCCAAGAGCAUUGGUGGUAAGAGAAUGUUGUACACUGCUGGUGACAUAGCCCCAUUCUUUAUGAAUUUUGAUUCUUAUUGUUUCUUGGGAAAAGCAUAACCAUUACGUUCAUUAGUCAAAACCCAAAACAUUCCAAAUGAAUAUGUUGAACAAAAAUUCAUGCCUCAGGAUAUGUGAAAACUCCAUGGCCAAUAUACAUAAAUAUCAAUGAAACCAGAAGUCAGUCUUACAUUAUAUCUAUGUGGUAGUGGAUCAAUCAUCAUGCUCUACAAACAUUUUCAUCAUGGCUAUUUAUCUGUCUCUCAGACAGUGAUCUGACAAGGUUUCGUUCUUGUGUUGCAGUUUGUCCAACUACCUUGAAAAGGAUAUGCAGGCAACAUGGAAUAAUGCGAUGGCCCUCCCGAAAAAUCAAGAAGGUUGGGCAUUCGUUGAAGAAACUCCAACUAGUUAUGGACUCUGUCCAAGGUGCGCAGGGCUCUAUCCAACUCGAUUCAUUCUAUACAAGCUUCCCAGAGUUGAACUCCCCAAAUAUGUCUAGCAAUGGCCCUUCCUUGAAGAGUAAUGAACAGCCAAGUCAUUUGAAUGCUCAAACCGAUAAUGGUAUUAUGGCAGAGGAAAACCCCAGGUCACCAUCAUCUUCUUGCAGCAAGAGCUCUGGUUCAAGCAACAAUAAUGAGAAUACUGGAAACAUUCUAGUUGCUGAGGAUGCUGAUGCGGUGUUAAAGAGAGCUCAUAGCGAAGCACAACUGCAUAAUGUGAAUCAGGAGGAAACAAAAUGUCUUGCAAGAACCCAGAGCCAUAAAACAUUCAAGGAGCCUCUUGUUCUUGAUAAUUCAUCUCCAUUAACAGGUAGUAGCAACACGAGUUUAAGAGCUAGAGGUGCCAUCAAAGUGAAAGCGACAUUUGGUGAGGCCAGAAUACGGUUUACCUUACUCCCGAGUUGGGGCUUCGCAGAGCUGAAGCAAGAGAUUGCUAGGCGUUUCAACAUAGAUGACAUUUCCUGGUUUGACCUUAAGUACCUGGAUGAUGAUAAGGAGUGGGUUCUUCUGACAUGUGAAGCGGAUCUCGUGGAAUGCAUUGACAUAUAUAGAUUAACACAGACCCACACAAUUAAAAUAAGUCUGAACGAAGCUUCUCAAGUCAAGCUAAGUGGUUCUUUUGGCAACACUGGUCUUUCCUGAAAAACAUUAAACGAAGUUUUGUAACUGCAAAGCACCAGGAAGAUUCUACUGAUUUUUUUAGCUUUUGUAGAAAUCUCACUUACCUUUUCAGCAUGGGAAUCCUGUAUAAACAUAUUUCCAGUUCCCUGAACAACAUUUUGGAAGUGGCAGUAGUAACUGGUCUCCUGUAUUGCCCUAGCAGAUUUUUGUAUAAAAGAGAUGAAUUCCAUAGACUUGUAUUUUAUGCAUGUACAAUCUUAUUGUCUGGUUUCUUAAACUCUGCAAGACUGGAACUAUGGCGAUUGAAAAAUUCUGUGUGUUUCGCUUAUUUAUUUUUGGGACAUGUCUGGUUACAGGAUACUAUCUAGUCCAUGAUUGCAUUG